UCCAAAGAUUUACCAGUGAAGUAACGAGAAUCACGAUUGGCUGAGAGCUAAGCAAUUAACAAAAUUUUACAUCAUCUACAGAUUAACCAAGACACAAGCAGUGACGACAAACCAUAAACAUCUUAUUGUUUUUGGCAUGGAAUCAAUGUUUAUAAUUAUGUCCAAUGUUCAAGUGUUUUGGGAUUCUUUUGUUUUUGUUGUUUUGUUAUGUGCCAAUUUUAAUUAAAACAUUUUCUCAUUCUUUAAGAGCGUACUUAACAUUAGUUUCGAACAGUGAAAGUUAGCGCUAUAGAAGUAUGCUUUAAUAACUUAUCAGAACUAUAUUAAUAAUCAUGUAAAGGAGAUAUUUUGCCAUUCUUUGCAUUGUAUGGGAUGGAUACACAUUUUAGAAAGUCAAUUUUUGCGCCGAAAACUUCAAUUGUACCAAAACUUUCGUCCGUUGGAAGGCGGAACGAGAAUCGAAUAUGCAUAAAUGUAGGAGGUAGGAAGUUUGAAACCUACAAAACAACGUUAAAAGCUAUUCCUGAUACAAGACUGUCAUGGUUAUCUGAAAACAGAAGUCUCAAUCCCGACUAUGACCCAAGCACAGGAGAAUACUUUUUUGAUCGGCAUCCCGGUAUGUUUCAAAUGAUUUUAAACUAUUACCGUACAGGGAAACUGCAUGUGCCAAUGGACGUCUGCGGACCGGCAUUUGAAGAGGAACUAGCUUACUGGGGCCUUGACGAAACUCAAAUAGAGCCGUGUUGUUGGAAUUCCUAUAGGUCACACAGAGAUGCACAGGAAACUUUGAGGGAAUUUUCUAAUAGUGACAAUGAAAAUGACAGCGAUGAUGAAGAAGAAGUGGAAAUGAGGGCACGAUUUGGAAUUUCGGAUGAUUUUAUCGAAAAGGAAAAAUCUUGUUGGGAUAAAUUGAGACCACGGCUUUGGAAUUUUCUUGACAAUCCCAGGGCUGAUAGAGCUUCAAAGAUUUAUGCAAUAAUUUCCAUAGCUUUUAUCAUCACAUCAAUAGCAGUAUUUUGUCUGGAGACUCAUAUACAGUUCCGGUACAAGGUCAACCCUAAUAUAUCACUGUCCGGACUAAAGGUUUCCGAAACACAGAGGCUCACCCGUCCGUUACUUUUUAUUGAUAUUAUAGAAUACGGUUGUAAUGCAUUUUUUACUUUAGAAAUAUUUGCACGACUUUUAGCAUGUCCCACUUUUAAAGCAUUUGCAAAAGAACCUCUUAACUGGUUGGAUAUUGUAUCAAUAAUUCCAUUUUAUGCUGCAAGAGUCUUGGAAAUUUUAAGCAUGGAAGGUACGGUUGCCUUUCUUUGUGUAAGUGCAUUACGCCUAAUAAGAAUUUUCCGAAUACUUCGAUUGACUAGACAUUUUAGUGGACUUAAAAUUAUAGGUCAUACAAUUCGUGCCAGUGCUAAAGAAUUACUCCUUCUCUUUCUAGUUCUUAUAAUCGGCAUUCUGAUAUUUGCCGUUGUGAUAUUUUUUGCCGAACAGAUUGAUGAAAAUUCAAUAAACGAUUUUCAAAACAUUCCAAUGGGAUUCUGGUGGGCAGUUGUUACUAUGACAACACUUGGAUAUGGUGACAUGGCGCCACGGACUGGAUUCGGAUAUCUAGUAGGUACUAUAUGUGCUGUUUGCGGACUGCUGAUGUUAACACUUCCUGUACCGAUAAUAGUUAAUAAUUUCACAUUGUAUUACUCUCAUGCUCAAGCAAAGAUGAAACUUCCUAAGAAAACGAAAAAGAUUUUAGUUGGUGCAGAACAUAUGUUAAAAGAAACAAUUUCAAACCAAUCCAUUGCAGAGGAAGACGAAACCAAACCAAUAACAGGAAACAGUAGUGGGAAGGAUGUAGAAAGAAAAACCAGUGGGGACAGUGCUUUAGGUAGCGAUAAUAACACAUCACAGGAAUCUCAAAAUGGUACAACUGGCAUAAGUGUGAUAUUUACAGAUGAUUUAACAGACAAUCAUAUUACACCAUCAGUGACGUCAUCGCCUGUUUUAUGUGAUGAUAUUCGGCACCACGUAGACGUUGAUAAUAACAAUAUACAAACCAGUAAAGAAAAUUGUGUUUUUAAAGAACACGAGGAGGAACUUCCAAUUCAUCGUCGACACAGACUAAAACGAGGUAGUUACUUUGCACCACAGAGUACCAGCUCAAAGAAAACGUCCUUGACAAGUAUUGACGUUUAACUACGUGUAAGAGGGUACCAGCUCAAAGAAAACGUCCUUGACAAGUAUAGACGUGUAAUUACGUGCCAGAGAGUACCAGUUCAAAGAAAACGACCUUGAAAUGCAUAUAGAUGUUUAAUUAAAGAAUAACAGAUAGAUACAUUUAUUCAGAACACCAAACUGGUUUACGUCAUGACCAGCUACACUCAUUCAGAAUCCUAUUCAUUUCAUACAUUUUGUUAUUACAUAUUAUACUGAAGUCUAUGGUUUAUCAUUAUUAAAAUUAAACUCCA